AUGUUUGCCAAAUCCCAAAGCUUUCUCUUUUCAGUGAGUAAGCUCUUUCACCAGCAGCAUCAACAAUGGCGAGGAAUGGGUUCAAUGACAAAGGUGAGAUUAAAAUGGGUGAAGAACAAGAACUUAGAUCACGUCAUUGAUACAGAGACCGAUCUCAAAGCAGCUUGCAUUCUCAAAGACGCCAUUAAACGAUCUCCAACCGGUUUCCUCACCGCGAAAUCCGUCGCCGAUUGGCAAAAACUACUCGGACUCACCGUCCCUGUUCUUCGCUUCUUGCGCAGGUAUCCGACUCUGUUUCACGAGUUUCCGCAUGCUCGUUACGCAAGCUUACCGUGUUUCAAGCUAACGGACACUGCACUUAUGCUAGACUCACAGGAAGAGAUCAUUCAUAAAAGCCAUGAAGCUGAUACAGUGGAGAGACUCUGUAGAGUUUUGAUGAUGAUGAGAACAAGAACUGUCUCUCUCAGAUCACUUCAUUCUCUGAAAUUCGAUCUCGGGUUACCGGAUAACUACGAAAAGACACUAGUCAUGAAAUACCCUGAUCAUUUCUGCUUUGUCAAGGCCUCUAAUGGAAACCCGUGUCUAAAGCUUGUAAAUUGGCGUGAUGAAUUCGCAUUCUCUGCGUUGCAGAAGCGAAAUGAGAGCAGUGUUGUUACCGGGGAGGAUUCUAGUUACCGCGAGUUCAAACAAGGUCAGGCCUCGUUGACUUUCCCUAUGAGUUUUCCUAGAGGAUAUGGAGCACAGAAGAAGGUCAAAGCAUGGAUGGAUGAGUUUCAGAAACUUCCUUACAUAUCUCCUUAUGAUGACUCGAGUAACAUUGACCCGGAAAGCGAUCUCAUGGAGAAACGAGCUGUGGGAGUUUUGCACGAGCUCUUGAGCUUAACUAUCCACAAGAAAACCAAGAGGAACUACUUGAGAAGCAUGAGAGCAGAGCUCAACAUUCCGCAUAAGUUCACUCGUCUGUUCACGCGAUAUCCUGGGAUUUUCUACCUCUCAUUAAAGUGUAAGACAACAACUGUGAUUCUCAAAGAAGGGUAUCGUCGUGGGAAACUAGUGGAUCCGCAUCCUCUUACUCGGCUUAGAGAUAAGUUCUAUCAUGUGAUGAGAACAGGGUUUCUUUACAGAGCUAGAGGGUUAGGCAUGGUCUCUCGAGAGGAACUUUUGCUUGAUAAGCCAGAGGAUGACCUUGUCGAAGAAGGCUCUGAAGAAGAAGAGAUUGUGGAAGGAAGUGAGCUUGAAGAAGAUUCAGAUGAUGGAUAG